ACGAAAACCCUAAUCGCAGUCGAUUUGCUUCUUUCAUUUUUUUCAGUAAACAAAAAGAGAGAGAGAGCGAUGAAGGUUGUUGCGGCGUACCUCCUUGCUAAACUCGGUGGCAAUGAGAAUCCAUCCGUCGCUGAUCUGAAGAAGGUCUUCGAAUCUGUUGGUGCAGAGAUUGACCAAGAGAAGAUAGAUCUGUUCUUCUCUCUGAUCAAAGAUCACGAUGUGACUGAGCUUAUCGCUAUUGGACGUGAGAAGAUGGCGGCUCUUUCUUCCGGUGGUCCUGCGGUUGCGGUUGCUUCUGGUGGAGGCGGUGGUGCUGCUCCAGCCACUGAGCCUGCGGCGGCUGAGGCAAAGAAGAAGGAAGAGGAGAAAGAGGAAUCAGAAGAUGACGGUGGAAUGAUGAGUCUCUUUGAUUGAUCAUGUGAUGAUGGUAGAAUCUUUCGAUCUGCGUAUUAUCUUAUCGUGUUUUAUGUCUUUUUCUUAAUUAGGGUUUCUGGAUUUUGUUGUUUCCAUGGAUUAUUAUCGUCUUUGGUAACUUGAGUUUGGUGCGAAUAAAUGAUUUUUGUUUCUGAUGAUCA